CGUCGACGCGGACCCGUCUUUUAAAUUCUCCGUGUCCCUGUUACAAUUUCAAAUUCUUAUUUCGACCCGUUGGCCUUUUCUCUCCUUUCUUUGAAUCGUCUUCGAUCUAUCGAUCAAUUUGUAAAUCACCGGCGCCGACGCUGUUCAUCUUAUUGUUUCACUUGUGAGUCAAGUCGCCGAUCUUUGGCUCUGAUCAAUGGAGAAUCUUAUACAAUUGGUUAACAGAUUACAGAGAGCUUGCACUGCCCUUGGCGAUCAUGGUGAAGAGAGUGCAUUGCCUACUCUCUGGGAUGCCCUUCCUUCCAUCGCUGUCGUUGGUGGCCAGAGCUCUGGGAAGUCUUCAGUGCUUGAGAGCAUUGUCGGAAAGGAUUUUUUGCCUCGUGGAUCUGGUAUUGUCACCCGCCGACCCCUGGUCCUACAGCUUCACCGGUUAGAACAAGGUAGUAGAGAAUAUGCAGAAUUUGGACACCUUCCAAGGAAGAAGUUUACUGAUUUUGCUGCUGUGAGAAAGGAGAUCGCUGACGAGACUGACCGAGAGACAGGCCGUAGCAAACAAAUAUCUAGCGUACCAAUUUAUCUCAGUAUAUAUUCUCCCAAUGUCGUAAACUUGACACUGAUAGAUCUUCCCGGACUUACAAAAGUAGCAGUUGAGGGACAAUCUGAUAGCAUUGUUGCGGAUAUUGAAAACAUGGUUCGCGCUUAUAUUGAGAAGCCGAAUUGCAUUAUUCUUGCUGUUUCUCCUGCCAAUCAAGAUCUUGCAACAUCAGAUGCUAUUAAGAUUUCUCGGGAAGUAGAUCCAAAAGGGGAAAGGACAUUUGGUGUUCUGACUAAGAUUGAUCUGAUGGAUAAGGGUACUGAUGCUGUUGAUAUGUUGGAAGGAAGAUCAUAUAAACUACAAUUUCCAUGGAUAGGUGUUGUCAACCGUUCUCAAGCGGAUAUUAAUAAAAAUGUUGACAUGAUUGCUGCCAGGCGUAGAGAAAAGGAGUAUUUUUCUAGCACCCCUGAGUACAGGCAUCUUGCCAGCAGGAUGGGGUCAGAACAUCUUGGGAAAGUUAUGUCAAAACACUUAGAGGCCGUUAUCAAGUCAAGAAUUCCAGGUCUCCAGUCUCUUAUCAACAAGACCAUCAUUGACCUAGAAAGUGAAUUGAGCCGUCUUGGGAAGCCCAUUGCAACUGAUGCUGGAGGAAAAUUGUACAUGGUUAUGGAAGUUUGUCGUACUUUUGAUGGAAUCUUUAAAGAACAUCUUGAUGGAGUUCGACCAGGUGGAGAUAAAAUAUAUAAUGUCUUCGAUAAUCAGCUCCCCGCUGCAUUGAAAAGAUUGCAAUUCGAUAAGCAGCUUUCAAUGGACAAUGUAAGGAAACUUAUAACUGAAGCUGAUGGAUAUCAACCCCAUCUGAUUGCUCCUGAGCAAGGAUAUCGUCGUCUUAUUGAAUCUUCCUUGAUUUCUAUCAAGGGUCCUGCUGAAGCAGCUGUCGAUGCGGUUCAUGCUAUACUGAAGGAUCUGGUUCACAAGUCAAUUAGUGAGACUGCAGAGCUAAAGCAAUAUCCUUCUCUUAGAGUUGAGGUCAACGGUGCAGCUGUUGAAUCAUUAGAAAGGAUGAGGGAUGAGAGCAAAAAAGCAACUCUACAGCUUGUUGAAAUGGAGUGUAGUUACCUGACUGUAGAUUUCUUCCGGAAACUUCCUCAAGAUAUUGAGAAGGGAGGGAAUCCAACACAUUCAAUUUUUGACCGAUACAAUGAUUCCUAUCUUCGAAGGAUAGGAUCAAAUGUGUUGUCUUAUGUCAAUAUGGUUUGUGCAAGUUUGAGGAAUUCCAUUCCUAAGUCUGUUGUUUAUUGUCAAGUUCGGGAGGCCAAACGCAGUUUGCUUGAUCAUUUCUUCACAGACCUGGGCAAGAAGGAGGGGAGACAGCUGGGUACUUUGUUGGAUGAGGAUCCAGCUAUAAUGCAACGUCGUCUUUCUCUUGCAAAGAGACUUGAGUUGUACAGAGCUGCUCAAUCUGAGAUUGAUUCAGUCGCUUGGUCUAAGUAGACCCCAAACCUUUGUUUUUCUUCAGUUUUGUUCAUCACCAUUGAAAUGUAGGGAUAGGUGGCCUGUCAUUCUUUGCUUCGACAUAUUAUUCUUUCCAUAAAAAGUAGAUAUAUAGUUAUAGGAAUGCUAGCAGUUUCUGUGCCUCGUCUUUUUUUUUUUUUUGCAGUACUUGUUAAAUCCAAAUGUGUACUCGAUUUUGACAUUUGAUA